AUGUACAGCGCAACACUGUCGCGCUUGCGCUGGACGGUCCCUCCGGCCUUUUUGGCUGCGUGGGGUGGUUGGGGUUCAACCCACGACCGCCUGCGCGCGGACGGCCCUGCGAGACAAUGGGAUCAGAAAAGUUCAUUCUCGACAUCUGAGCUGCUGCAUGAAAGAAAAAAGAGCUCUGGCGACAGCCAAUUGCCGCAACCCAAUGCCCCCAAGGAGCAAACGGAUCCUGGAAAUGCGUGGGCGUCGUUUACGAAGCGAUUCGGAGUGGCCAGAGAAUCAGUCUCAUCUGUGGAGUGGACCAAUAUUGGGGAUAGUAUCAAGAACUAUAUUGUGCCAGACUGGGCCCGCUUUCUCCCCGCUACAGUGCAAAAGCUUCAGCGAGAGUUGUCGAUGGCCCCAGGAUCUCUCGCAGAUGACAUAUGGCGGGAUGCUCGCGACCCUGAUGAGAACCCGGAAAUCGCUUUUGAGGCCAGGGUCCGAGUUUCAGAUGAGCUGUGCCCGGAAGAGCUUGCUUUCCGCAAGAAGCGUCAGACUCAUGCCACCAAGGCAUUGGCGAAAUAUCUAGACUUGAACGAGGACGAAAUCCACCCGGACGACGUCCCGAUAAUUGCAAUGUGUGGUUCUGGUGGUGGUCUUCGCGCGCUUGUUGCUGGGUCAGGUUCCUACCUCGCUACGCAGGAAGCUGGGCUCUGGGACUGUAUCACAUACACGGCUGGUGUGAGUGGCAGUUGCUGGCUGCAGACCCUAUACAACUCAUCGAUAUCUGGGCGCAACUUUCAUAAGUUGGUAGAUCAUUUGAAAAGUCGACUUGGGGUGCAUAUUGCAUUCCCACCCCAAGCGCUCUACCUGCUCACAACAGCCCCAACCAACAAAUACUUGCUGGGCGGCGUGGUGGAAAAGCUCAAGGCUGACCCAGACUCCGAUUUUGGUCUUGUGGACGUUUAUGGGUUGCUACUUGCCGCCCGACUACUUGUUCCACGCGGUGAACUUGAUCUUUCUGAACGAAACCUCAAAUUAUCCAACCAGAGAGACUAUUUACAGGACGGAAACAGUCCACUCCCAAUUUACACUGCCGUGCGCCAUGAAAUACCGAUAAUAGACCAAAAUGAUUUCAAAGGACACCGUGCUGCAGAAAAUAUGAAAGCUGCCGCGAAGCAAGAAUCUUGGUUCCAAUGGUUCGAGUUUACCCCCUACGAAUUUUUCUGCGAAGAAUUUGGCGCUGGAAUCCCCAUGUGGGCGGUUGGUCGUCACUUUACGGACGGUAAAAGUGCUCCAACGGAUGAAUAUCCUGCACCAGAGCUUCGUGUUCCAGGAUUAAUGGGCAUGUGGGGGAGUGCGUUUUGUGCCACCCUUGCGCAUUAUUACAAGGAGAUCAGGCCCGUUGUGAAAGGCCUUGCAGGGUUUGGGGGGAUUGACUCAAUGAUAGAAGAAAAGAAUGACGAGUUGAGCAAGGUGCAUCCUUUCGACCCUGCCUCCAUACCGAAUUACCUCCUGGGCAUGAAGGAUAAGCUUCCACCCUCGUGUCCAGAGUCUGCGUUGAUAUCCACAAAUCUACAGCUGAUGGACGCGGGAAUGAGCAACAACCUUCCUAUCUACCCCUUGCUUCGACCUGGAAGAGACAUCGAUAUCAUUGUCGCUUUCGACGCCUCGGCCGACAUCAAGCAGGAGAACUGGUUGUCCGUCGUAGACGGGUAUGCCAAACAGCGAGGUGUGAAAGGCUGGCCGCUCGGCGCAGGGUGGCCGAAGGCGAGUACGGAGCCUGAAGAGACGGUUGAAAAGCUGCGAGAGGCAAGUCACAUGGACGAAUCCUCGUCCACGGAAAAGCUCGAAAAGGCUCAAAAAAGCGACCCGCAUUACCCAAACCGAGAGGAGCCUCCUGUCGAUACUCUUAUGACAUCCCAUUCGCAAAGUAAUAACAAGGAAAAACCAUCAACGCGGUCAUUGGAAGACCUCACUUUCUGCAAUGUGUGGUUAGGCACGAAACAAGAGAUGACCGCGAGAAAAGAGCCCCCUCCUUCGAAGAGGCUGUUCCACCCCAGUCACGGAGAUCAUGAAGAAGAAGAGUUUCAUCUUAUGCGGCCAGAUGCUGGUAUCGCUGUUGUGUAUUUCCCUUUAUUGCCGAACCCAUCGGCUCCAGAUUAUUCGACUCCUACUAGAGGCAAACCACAGUCUAAAGACGGCAAACCCAGCGUGUCACUGCCUGAACGCGAGGAUGCCGACCCCGAGAAGCCACUAGCCCCGAAGCCAAGCUCUAUCGACCCAGAAGUCGACGACUUUUUGUCAACCUGGAACUUUGUCUACACUCCAGAGCAAAUCGAUUCGGUUGUCGGGCUCGCCAAGGCCAACUUCUCCCAAGGUGAAGCUCAACUCAAGCGUGUUGUGCGCGGUGUUUACGAGCGCCGCAAACGAGAUCGUCUUCAGCGAGAGCGAGCCACAAUAGAAAGCGCAGUGGAUCGGAGAAUAAGUGAGAUUAAAAAGCAGCACGAAGGAUACGCGCCAAUAUAUUGA